AUGCUAUCCCCAGUGCUCCGGGCGGCACUGCCCAAGGCCGGUAUCUGCCGCACCUUUCCUCGUGCUAUGGUCUAUACCCCCAUUGCACUCCAAGGAGUGGGCGUCUCUCAUCCGUACGGUCUCCAAGUCAUCAAACACUUGGACAUGCUACUUCGCCAUUCUGCUAAUAACACCAAGACGGGCGCCUUCUUAGAGGCAGUCCUCCAGGCUCAUCAGCUCAAGACCGGUACCUCCUAUGGCCUCUUCCAACAAGCCUAUUCCAACACCUCCAUCCUGGCGUCUGACACGUGGGCUAAGCGUACCUGGAGUGAACUUGAUUCUCUCUCCAUUCACCUGGAGUUUGAUUCUCCCUACCUCCAACCACUGCGCCAAGGGGAUCAACUGUUAGUGAACUUGUUCAUCAACUCGUUGGUGGAUCAACUUACAUUGAAAUGGCUCAACUGGUGUCGGAUCUUCCUCCACGCAGCCAAUCUCUCUGAUAUCCUGAAUGCUGAAGGGACAGCAAUCACUUUGCAGGCAUGGAAAGGGAUAAGACCAGAACACUGUGCUGACCGUUCUCCGUUAGGCCCGUGGCAUUCUGUCAACUUGACCUGGAAGUGGCAAUACUCCCCCUCUACCAACACCCUGUUCCACCAUGAGGGUCAGAUAUGGAUCCCAUCUGAGCCUACUUCCUCCACCAGCCGUCAGCGCACCUUCUACUUGCCUCGCCAAUUCAACCUCGACCUUCCACCUCUACCAGCGGACGCCGUCCGUGCCUCGGUCUCUGUCUUCCCCAGCCGUCUGGCUGAGUCAGGUUCUCACGGCUGGGUUCCAGAGGUCAUUACCAUUGAAGGUAGUGAGGAUUGCCUUGUUCAGGCCCUUCUUGCCGGUACCCUUUGUGCUGUGAGCGACGGCUCAUACAAAGCUAAAGUGGGCACAGCAUGCGCCCAUAUUCUAACUGAGGAUCGCAGUGAUAUCAUCUGGAUCACCUGCCAAACUCCAGGGAAAUUUGAAGAUCAGAGCUCAACUCGUAGUGAAUUGAUUGGCCUUAUGGCUUCUCUUCUGGUUUUGGAAUGGAUGUCUCAGGUUGCUCAACUGAAACUCUUUGCCAGCCAACCUUCGGUCGAGAUGGCCUGCGAUGGUCUCAUUGCCCUUGAUAAGCCCUUCUCCGAAGCCCAUCUGUCCUCGUCUGGCGCCCAGUUUGACUUGGCCUCCACCAUCCGGGCCCUGCUUCGCCACCUCCCUCUCCAAGUCCAGCGGCGCCAUGUUAAAGGCCACCUAGACAAGCAUCGGGCCUUUCUCCCAACUGGACUGGUGGGAGCAGCGCAAUGUUGA